AUGUUUUCAUGCUUGCUCAUCCUCUCUCUGCUGGUGGGGAACACAGCAUUGGGCCCAGUGAGCAGAGCAGAGCUUGCAGCAUCCAGGGACAUCACCACCUUUUUCCAGCUGGCUCAGGAAGACUCUUGGGAGAACGUUAAUCUCACCAGCAUGUCCUGUGAGAAAACCCUGCAGUUGACCAACAGCAGCCUGACAGCUUUCCCUGUCUGCCUUCCGGAGGCCCUGGAGACCUUGGAUCUCAGCAACAACCUUUUAGAAGAGGUGAACGGCACGGAGAUAGCAAACCUCCCGCGGCUACGCAUCCUCUCACUGAGACAGAACCAUCUCCAGGCAGUUAGAUGGGGAUCUGAAGCCCUCAGCAGUCUCCUCUCCCUGGACUUAAGCUUCAAUAAGCUGUCAUCCGUGCCAUCAUGCCACAGCUCUGCCCUGCCUAACUUGAGGUGGUUGUCCCUGGCUGGAAAUCCACUGAUUGAAAUCCAGCCGCUGGCUUUUUCCUGUUACCCUCAACUACAGUUCCUGAACCUCUCUGCAACGCUGCUCGGGCAGGAUGACAACAGAGGAAUUAGGGAGUCUGCUUUUGCCAUCAGCACAUCUCCCAGUGAAGCCGCAAACAGGCCUGGAAACACCAUCAACAUGCUCGAUCUGAGCAGGACCUUUCUUGAGAAAAUUCAACCAGAGUGGACCAGAGACUUGCCCAACCUCAGAUCACUUCACCUGACAAAGAUGCCACGAUUAAGAAGCCUCGAUACUGACUUCCUCACGUCCAUGCCGGGUCUCCGAGAGCUGAACUGUCAAGACUCCCACUCACUGGGUUUUGUGAAGACAGAGAUGUUUGACAGUGCUCCUCAUCUGAGCCAUCUCUCGUUUGAGAACUGCAACCUGAGUUCCUUUAAUCCUUGGAAUACUGAUUCAUCAGAUAGUAUCAUCAUCAACUUGUAUGGAAAUCCUCUGUUAUGCGACUGCCAGCUCUCCUGGCUGCUCUCCAAGCCCAAAGAAGUUGUGCUGCAAAAGGCUUGGGAGACUUUUUGCAACACAUCCCAGGAAGAUUGGGACAGACCUUCAACAUCUUUUUCACUGCUAGAGCUCUACGAUAAAUGCCAGUCUGAGAGAAACCAGUCUGAGAGAAACGUUACACUACCCGAUUCAAACACACCCUCUCCCGAAAACAAUGCUUUCAGCCUUACCAGUUAUGAUGCAACUAGCGUAGUAACAACAACAGACUCUGCUCCACUAACCAAAGACACUUAUACCAGCUCCCGAAUUCAAAGGAAUGUAAUGAGCACAACUGCAGCCGUCCCAACUGAGCUGAUGCUGACAAAGGCCAACAGUUCCUCCCACGAGGAGGAGGCAGUUUCCGAAUCCACGAGCCAUCCCCCUUCCUUCGCGUCCGUAACCACCUCCCCGGGUUUUCUCAAAGAGCUCUAUAGUCACUCCUCGGAUUAUGGCUCCACGAGUCAAACUGAAACAGAUCAGCUAAAGAGAGAGCUCAGAACGACUGAUGCGACGUUUCCCCAGGAAGGCCCAUUCAACCAGCCCACUAGUGAUUAUUCCACUAGAGCAACAGGAAACCCCGAUGCCACUGACCAUUAUAUCCACUCCUUUGCCACUCACGCUGGGGAAGGUACAGCACAAACGAGCCUACCACAGCUGAACUCCACAAGGACCAAUGCUCAGUCAGAGCCUGCAUCCACCAGAUCACUAAUACACUAUGUAGAUGACUACGAUUACGAUGAACAGUCGACAAAAACCCCAGUGCAACUGGCGUACAUCUCCUGUGACUACAACCCUUGCAGACACCUUCAGAAGCCGUGCAGUGAACUUCAGAGUGCAUCCCAAUGUUUAUGUCCUGGCAUGUCGAGGGAAAAUGAGGUUCCAGAUCCACCGAGGCUCAGAGAGGUGUCUGAAGUUACAGACAGCUCUGCUCAGAUACGCUGGUGCGCCCCAAAUUCAGUUGUUCACACCUAUGAGCUGAAGCUUCAUGCCCAAGGCAACGAGGACAGACAGUUUGUCCUGGACAAUAUUUAUUCCACAGCAAGGCAGUACACUCUGUAUAAUCUAUUACCAUACACCACUUACCACAUUUGCGUGACUGCUUUGAACAAAGCAGGGUCAAGCCAGACAGCAAGUCAGGGAAUUCCAGGUAAUUCGUGCACCAGAUUUAAAACAAAACCCAGCUACACGUCUGUCUUUGCUGCUCUGUCUGCAGCAAGCGGACUCCUCCUUAUUUCCACAAUUAUUUUGUCUGUAUGUCUGUGUAAGGCAUGUAAAAAGCCUCAGAGUGAGCAAUAUGGUACACACUUAGUCUCUUAUAAGAACCCAGCAUUUGAUUAUCCGUUAAAACUACAAACCACUAAUUAG